GUGAAUCAUAUUGGCAUAUGAAUUGAGUGACCCUAAGAGCUCCUAAUCCUAACAAGAACUUUGAGUUGUAGCUGCAACAAGUCAGCUCGACCAUGUCUGAGUUCCAAAACCGAGUGGACCAAUUGGAGUUUGAGUCCGAACAGAACCAUGAGGCGAUCAUGGCAGUAGAUUGCAAGGUGGAAGGCUCAAUCGGGGGGUUGGAAAGGAGGUUGGAUGAAGCUCUCUCAAAUGCGGGAGGAUAUCAUGCAUAUGAGAGAAGAAAUGGGAGCACUACUACAACAAUUUAUUGUGAUGUUUACUUGCCAAAAUUUGGUGAGAAUUUCUCCCAAUUUUCCUCCUAGGGAUAGAACAGAGCCGAUUUUACAGAAUAAUAGGAUGGAUCGUAUGAAUGUGACUUUUGAAAUUGAGGUCGAACUGGAAGAAGAACUGGAUGCGAUAUUGGAUAGAGGGCGUGAGGUCCAUGGCAAUCCUCAGCAUCCUGGGUUUCCCAUGCCUUGGAUGGAAGAUCCAUGUGUUCGAAGGGACCAACCCCAGGUGGUGGUUGAGGAAAUGUGAGCGGAUGUUUGAUUGGUAUAACAUACCAGAGGGGAGAAAAGUGGCUUUAGCUAUCGCCUACUUUGAUGAUGUGGCUGAUGCUUGGUUCCAGGGGUGGACUAGAGUUAGGGAGAAUCACACUUGGGAGGAAUUUUCUGAUAAAUUGUGUGAAAGGUUUGGGGAGAGGAGUAUGUCUGAUAUCAUAGAAGAGUUUAACAAGCUAAGGUAAGUUGGAGAAGUAAGGGCUUAUCUAAGGAGGUUCGAGGAGUGAAGGUCCUUAAUGAUUAACCAUAACCCACAUCUUUUAGAGGCCUACUUAGUAUCUAGUUUCUUGAGUGGCCUCAAUGAUUAUUUAAGACCCAUGGUGAAAAUGAUUAGGCCUCGAACUAUAGAACAUGUAACAAAGAGUGCAAGACUACAAGAGAUGGUGGUAGAGGCCUUGAUGAGGAAGCAAAGGCAACAACAAAAGGCUAUUACAAUGGGAACUUUCAAUCAGGGGGAAAAAGGCUACAAUCGUGAGUUGAUUAAAGGCAACACAGGGGUGAGGAAUUUGGGGGGAUCUAGCUUAGUAGGAAGGCCCAAUGAGCAGAGGCGACAGUCUGGUUUAUGCUUCAGGUGCGGGGAUAAAUAUUAUCCUGGGCACAAAUGCAAGCGCCAGUUGUUACUGUUAAAAGAAGAAGAAGAAGAAGAAGAAGAAGAAGAAGAAGAAGAAGAGUGUAGGGAGUCAGGGGAAGAAUAUAAUGGAGAGAUAUCACUCCAUGCAAUGAAGGGGGUAACUAAUAACAAGAUAAUCAAGGUAGAGGGAAAGGUGAAGGACUGUAGCCUCCUAAUUUUGAUUGAUAGUGGGAGCACCCACAACUUCCUAGAUGAGGGGACGGCUAAGAGGUUGAAGUGUCUACUCAUGGGAACCCAACCUUUGAGUGUGACAGUGGCUAAUGGAAGUAGGGUGCUAAGUAGGUCAGCUUGCCUUGGUUUUUGUUGGGAGAUGCAAGGGAGGAGUUUGAGGUUGAUCUCAGGUUGCUACAACUGGGAGGUUGUGAUGUGGUAUUAGGGGUUGACUGGAUGAAGGGGGUGAGCCUCAUAAGUUUUGAUUUUAGUAAGAUGGAGGUGUCUUUUGAUAAGGGAGGAAGGAAGAUGACUCUCACAGGAGGAAAGGAAACUAGGACGUGCAAAAUGAUCACUGGGAAGAGAUUGCAAAGGGUUUUUAAGAACAAAAUGGUGCCAAUUGACACAAUUGCUCUUGAUUGUGGCGAUGAAGGAGGACCUAAUAGGGUGAUGUAUGGAGAAAUGCACCUAACAAUCAACACUCAUUAAGGAAGCUUGAUUAGGUACAACCACUGCACCUUAUUGAUGAAUUGCUGGUAGAAUUUAGGGACUUCUUUGCUGAACCUACCACCCUUCCCCUUACUAGAGCAUUGGACUAUUCUAUUAAUCUUAAACCCAAUACUGAACCCAUCAACAUUAGGUCUUACCGUUAUCACCCAAUCUAGAAAACAAAGAUUGAAAAGAUGGUUCAGGAAAUGCUAAACCAAUCUUUCAUAAGACCUAGCUAAAGUUCUUUUACCUCCCCAGUUCUCUUAGUUAAAAAAAAAAAAAAAGGGAUGUCAUGGUGUUUUUGUGUGGAUUAUUACCAAUUUAACACCUUGACCAUCAAAGAUAAAUUCCCUAUGCCUCUUGUGGAAGACCUAAUGGAUGAACUGCACAAUGCCAAAUUCUUUUUAAAGCUUGACCUCUGCUUGAGCUACCAUCAAAUUAGAAUGAUGCUUGAGGAUGUUCAUAAAAUCACCUUUAGGACACACCAUGGGCACUUUGAAUUCUUGGUGAUGCCCUUCAGGCUCACUAAUGCCUUGACCACUUUCCUAUCCCUCAUGAACCAAAUUUUUGAGUCAUAUCUAAGAAAAUUCAUACUUGUGUUCCUUGAUGACAUCCUUGUCUAUAGUCCAAAUUUGAACCAACUCUUGACUCACCUAAGAACCACCUUUGAGGUCUUUAGGACUAACCAACUCUUCAUCAAAGGGUUUAAGUGUGCCUUUGGUCAAGAUCAGGUAGAGUACUUGGGUCAUUUGAUUUUAGGAGAUGGGGUUAGCACUGGCCCAAGGAAGGUGGAAGCCAUGUUGGCUUGGCCCAAGCCAACUAAGGUAAGGGCUUUGAGGGGGUUCCUUAGGCUCACUGGAUACUAUCGCAGGUUUGUUAAGGGGUAUGGUGUCAUCAAUAAACCCCUAACGGAUCUCUUAAAGAAGGGGAGUUUUAGCUGGGGGCAAGAGGCUGAGGAAGCCUUUGAAAGGUUGAAGGGGGGCCAUGAGUAGAGUAUCUGUCUUGGGUUUGCUAGAUUUUAGCAAACCUUUUGAUUUAGAGAUUGAUUCAUGUGGGGCAAGGAUUGGUGUUGUGUUGAUGCAAGGAGGUAGGCCCUUGGCAUUCCUAAGCCAAGCCUUAAGCCCAAGGCAUCUCGGCCUUAGCAUAUAUGAAAACGAAUUUUUGGCAGUGCUGAUGGCUAUGGAAAAAUGGUGUCACUACUUAGAAGGAGGAAGAUUCAUAAUUAAGAUAGAUCACGAGAGUUUGAAAUUUUUGUUAUAGCAAAAAUUACAAACUCAAUUGCAAAAGAAGGGAAUGGCCUAACUGAUAGGAUUAGACUCAAUAUAGUAUAGGAAGGGCAAAGAAAAUGUGGUCGUGGAUGCACUCUCAAGGUGCCAUGAGGAGGGGAGUACUACAACCAUAACCACUAUAAUUCCAGAGUAGUGUAAAGAAGUAGUAGACAACUAUGAAGGAGAUGAACAGGUGAAGGAAAUCUUGGAGAGGUUAGCUGUGGGACCUAAAGAAGCUGAUGGAUACACGGUGGAAGAAAUGUUGAGGUAUAAUGGUAGGAUUGUUAUUGGUGAUAGUGAGGCUCUCAAGAGGAGGAUUUAACAGCCCCUACACGAGUCCCCUUUGGGGGGACACUCUGGGAUUCAAAAUACCUACCUCCGGGUGAGGCAACUAUUCCAUUGGCCCAAGGUCAAGGUAGAAGUGAGGGAGUUCGUGCUAGCUUGUGACACCUGGCAUGAAAAUGUGGCCUAUCCCGGUCUCUUACAACCCCUACUAAUACUCAGUCAAGCUUGGACUAGUGUGUCUAUGGACUUUAUUAAGGGGUUACUUAAAUCUGAAAGGAAGGACAACAUACUGGUUGUGGUUGAUAGAUUAACCAAAUUCGCCCAUUUUAUAGGGUUGACCCAUCCUUAUACAGCCCAAGAGGUGGCCAGGGUAUUUCUGGAUUCGGUGGUGGCAUUGCAUGGAGUUCCUAAGUCUAUAAUUUCAGAUCGUGACAAGAUCUUCACAAGCCUCUUGUGGCAGGAACUUAUGAAGGCAUUGGGAAUUAAGCUUAACAUGUCUACGGCCUAUCACCCUCAAUCGGAUGGGCAAAAUGAGAGGGUGAAUAAGAGUUUGGAAACUAUUUGAGGUGUGUUUGUAUCUUGCAACCCAAAAGCUGGCGUGGGUGGCUUUCCUUGGCCUAAUGGUGGUAUAACUCUACCACACUUCCCUGAAAAUGUCCCCAUUUGAGGUUUUGUUACAAACCUCCCAUUUUACCAGUCAUAGGAGAGCAUACUACUGCAGCUUCCGUUGAGGAGUACUUGCAGUAGAGGAGAACGGUCUUGCAACAGUUGAAGCAGGAGUUUGCGUUAGCCCAGAAUAGAAUGAAGCAAUGUGCUGAUCAGAGGAGGAGUGACAGGGAGUUUGAAGUAGGGGAGAAGCUGUAUCUAAGGCUGAGGUAUCCCCGUUUGAAAUCUAUCACCCAAGGGCCAGUGUCCAAACUCAGUCCUUAGGUAUUUUGGACCAUUUCCCAUUACUUCCAAGGUUGGGAAGGUGGCCUACCGCUUGUAACUUCUUGAGGAAUCACAUAUUCAUUCGGUGUUCCAUGUGUCCCUCUUGAAGAGGUGAAGAGGUCAGUUGGCAUUGAGCAGGUGAACCCAGCGUUGCCUUCACUUCCUAAGGAGAAGGAUAGGGUGGAAGAACCAGAGGCCAUAUUAGAUAGAAAGGUGGUUUACAACCAGGCAGUUCCACUUAUCCAAGUCUUGGUAAAGUGGCAAAAUGGGUCAACAGGUAGCAACACCUGGGAGUUCCUGCCCAGUUUACUUAAACAAUUUCCAGGAGCAGCUAGCCUCCUUAGCAUUUCUUGAGGACAAGAAAUUUGUUAAGGGAUGGGGAAUUGUCACGAGACGCGCCCUUAGUUACAGAAAUUUUGAUUUCUGUUGCUGUAACUUUUGCUAUUUCUUUUAUUGCUAUAAUUCUGUUGAAUGAGUUUGUUAGCCUAGAGGGUACUCACGUGUAAGGGCUAGAAUAGGACAAAGGAGGUUGUUCCAACUGUAGGGGGGAUAGGAUCUGCUGUGGCAGCGUCCCUUGUCAGGAUGUAUAUACUCCCCAAGGCUCUCUUGGAGGAGAGCAUUGAAUAUCAAAGAAGGAAUUCUAAAUUCUUCCUCAACCUUCUCUCAUCUCUCCCUAACUCUCUCUCUUUCUUUCUUCUCUCUGUUCUACUUUGUUUCUCCCUUGUUGCAUCCUUCUAAUUCAUGCUGAAUUAGGGGAGCAACCAUUAUCACAGCCUAGCAGUGACAAUAAGGUGCGAAGAAGAAGAUGAAUACGAAGCAGGAGCAGCUAGGGAAGAAGAAGAAGCCGAAGCCGAAGCCGAAGCAGCAGAUCUG